CCUGGCACGGAAUUAGCAGCCAGCUGGCGCCUCGUGCCAAGAUAUCACAGGCUCCAGAGUCCAAUUGCACUCCAAAGCCAUGCCAAUGGUUGCAGAUCAGGGGUCAUUCGCUCUUUCACUGUUCAGCCUUUCCUGCUGAGAAAGUUCAGCGCAAGAAUCAAUGGCUUCCGCAACUGUGCUCUCAGGCGUCAAUGUCCUGGCUAUUGCAAAUGCGAGCCUACCCAGCUCUCGAACAACUGCAAGGCAUGCUGUCUCGGCAGGCAAAUUUGCGGCGCCGUCUUGCAAGCUCCCCUGCAAAGGCAGGUUGAGACCAGCUGCGAUUCUGGGUGGCUCAACCUUUGUCACCAAUCACGCGUGCAGCACAUUCGGAGUGCCAGCAGAGAAUGCCGCAAGGAGGGGUGCCUCGUCCACCACAUGCAAGGUUGAUGUUGGUGAUGUUGCACCGAGCUUCACCUUGAAAGACCAGAACGGGAGAGACGUAAGCCUCUCAAAGUACAAGGGGAAGCCAGUCGUCCUCUACUUCUACCCCAAGGACGACACUCCAGGGUGCACCAAACAAGCAUGCUAUUUCAGGGACUCGUAUGAGGCUUACAAGAAGGCAGGCGCAGAGGUGGUUGGGAUCAGUGCUGACCCCGUUGACUCGCACAAGGCCUUUGCCGAGAAGCACAAUCUGCCCUUCACCCUCCUCUCCGACGAGAACAGCGCCGUCCGGAAAGAGUUCGGCAUCAAAAACGACUUCCUAGGAGCCCUACCGGGCAGGCAAACGUACCUGCUUGACGGGUCGGGAACCGUCAAGCUAGUCUACAAUAACCAGUUCAUGCCAGAGAAGCACGUUUCGGAGACGCUGAGAGUUAUUGAGAUAAUCAAGCCAGAGCAGAAAGAGUUGAAGGAUCUUCCCAAGGUGGGGCUUGGCAUGAUCGGGAAGAUCUUCAAGAACCCUGAGCAGAUUCAAAAGGGUGGCAAAAAGGAGGAGGAGCUUGGCAUGCUCGGUAAGAUCUUCAAGAACCCUGAGCAGAUUCAAAGGGGUGGCAAGGACGGCGAGGCUUAGGCACGAACUAGUAGCCUGAGCCAGUUGUGUAUGUGAGUAGCUGUAGCUUUUGUUGAUCAAGAGGACGUGUAGGCAAUCAGCGAUGAUUGAUGAGCUGUUCAGUACAGUCUAAGAAGAAUUUUGUACAUGUCGAAAGUCUACCACCGAUCUUCCGACGCGCGUCCUUAGACCUGAUCAUUCAUGAAGCUCUACUAUACUUAGCCGCCGCACGGCC